AUCUCAACUAGAAAAAUUAUUAAAAAAAAAAAAGUAACUUUUUUCCCGUUUUUUUCUUCUUCUUUUUAUUAUAACAUUUUUUUUGUUGAUUUUACGAUAUUUUUAUGAGUGAUGGUGAUGGUAAUGGUGUGUUCGAGUAAUUUCUCAUGAAAUCAAAAAAAAAAGGAUAUAUGGAAGAAAAUUGCAAAUUUAAGAAAAUUAAAUUCAGAUAUACAUACGCGUUUAUAUGUGAAUAAAAUUUUAAAUGAAAAAAUGAGAAAAAAAGAUUAAAGGAAAAAAUUUAGAAAAGCGAAAAAAAAAAAUGAGAAAAUGCCGAAAUUAAAUUAUAAAAAAUAUAAAAUAUAUUCUGAAAAAUUUUUAAUUUUAAAAUAAAAAAAUGUGGGAAAAAUGUAUUCAAAAAUAAAAUAAAAAAUGGAGUUUGCAUUUCAAUGACUUAAAAAUGCAUAUUUUAUAAAAUGCAGAUUUCAAUUAUUAUAUAAACUUGAAAUUUAAUGAAAAAAACAAUCGUAAAAGAAAAGCCAAAAGAAAAUAAAAAAUUAAAGAAAAAUAAUAAAAUUUAAAAUUUAUUUAAUUGUAGUUAAAACAAACAAAAAAAAAGUAAUUAUAAUUAAUAGAAAAUUAGUAAAAUUUAAAUAAGAAAAAAUUAGUAAUAAUAAGAAAAUAAAAGCAUAAAAAUGCUUAAAUAUUUAACGCACAAAUUACGCUCGCAAUCGAUUAGUGAUAAUAAUGAAAUCAUACAGGAAAAAAUUGAUGAACACGAUUCUGGUACGGAAUCUGAUGGUGAAUUGGAAAACGAAGAAAACAGCUUUAAAUUAGAACUUGAUAUAGAUUUAAGUAUGAGUUCUCGACUAGAUACGUUAUCCCCUACGGACUGUUCAAUUGAAUCUCCAGCAACUUCAAUAAUGACACAAACGGCCCACCUCUUAUAUGAUCAACAUAGUUCAGAAGAAGAACUUGAAGUUAUUAAUGGACCAUCAUCAAUAGCAGCAGCAGCAGCUGCUGCAUUAACUUUAUCUUCUGAGGAUGUUAAUAAAAUAUUAUCAGAACGGGGUACAGCAGAAUCUGUUGCUUCAGAGACAUCAUCAAUUGAACCGGAAGUUUUUGAAACAGAAUCGUCACCGAAACGAGCUAGCUCAACUACUAUAUCAGAAACUAGAAAACGUUCAUUACCUCACAGUUCUGAUGAUGAAGUCAGAAAUUUGUUGGAAUCAGUUCCCACACCAGUAAAUUUUCGCACAUCACCACCUCUUGAGGCAUUAAAGCCAAAUCGUAAUUUAAAUUUAAUGUUUCGUGCUACAACUCCAUUAAUUUUGACUGAAACUAGCCGAGGCAUUGAAAAUAUUAAAAUUUCAUGUGAUAGCAAUUCAACCAAGGAUAGCCAUAAUAGCAGUACACAAGAUUUUUUAUGUGAUCAAAAUUUUGAUUUUGGUGCAUGUGGUGGAAUUAGUGGCACAAAUAAUAGUGCUAAUGAUAAUGAUAAUAUACUUAAUUCACAUCAUUUACAUAAUCAACAUCUUAAUAAUCAUUCAAAUCAUCAUCAACAUCAUCAUCACCAUCAUCAAAAUUUGAAUAAUAGUACGAAUCUAAUUAAUAAUAGUACUAAUAAUAUUACAACUACAAAUUUAUCUUUAACUACACAAAUAGAAACAACAAAUCCUAAUAAUACAAUAUCAUCAAUAGUAACAAGUACAGUUAAUGAAUCACCUACAACAUCAUCAGCAAUAGGGAAUUCUUUAAAUAAUUUAUUAAAUUCAAAUGGUAAAUAUAAUAUAGAGAAACCACCACCAUUUAGAUUAUUAGAAGAGAAAAAUUUUAAUAUAAGUGAUAGAAUUGGUGGUAUAAGACAUUUUAAUCAUUUUAUUCCCUAUCAUCAUAAUCAUCAUCAAUUUUAUGGUAAUAAUAGUAAUACAUCGAGUUCUAUAACACAAUUGAUACCAUCAAAUGCUGUUAAUAAAACAGCAACAAUGGUUUCUAUUAGCGCAUCAUCAUCUGAUGUUCGUUCAAUUAGUCCACCGGCGAAAUUAUUUCAUUGUGCAAUUUCACCAAGAAGGCGACCAUCACGAACACAUCAUGCUCCACAAAGAUUACAAAGACCACAUCGACCAUGUUUGGAUUUUGAUAAAAUGCAACAGCUUAAAGCCCGUAGUGUCAGCUCAUGGCGACAAAAUGAACAUUCUGGUGAGCUUUCAGUAUUUUGUUGGUGAUGAACACUUUGCCCAAAUAUUAUUGGGCAGGAUAUUUUUAUUAUCAUUAUUAUUAAUAUUAAUAUUCUAACAAAAACAAUUUUCUUUGGAUUUGGAAAAAAUUUAAUCACACACAUCUGAAAUGAAAAAUUAUAAAACGAAACUUAUCCAUUAAAACACGAAAUAAAUAAUAAAUUAAAAAAAAAAAACAAAAAUAAAAAAAAAGUCAUAUAUAUUAAUAUAAUUUUAAAAUUAAAAAUAAUUAAAUAAAAAAAAUUAAAAAAAAUAUAUAUAUAUACAUAUAAAAAGGCAAAAUUGAAAAUAAAACAAGUAAAAUUAGAGAAAAAAAUUUCUAAUAAAAACACACAAUGUUUAAAAACAAAUUUGAGAAUAUUUAAAAAAUAGAAAAUAUAAGUGAAUUAAUAUAAAAAAUAUUAUAAGUAUAUAUAAAAACAAAAACAAAAAAAAAUCCUUGAAAAGGAUAUAAAACAAAAAAGUAUAUAUAUACACACAU